AUGCUCAAAAUCAAGACUUGCAUUUUGAUGGCAUUUAUUGCCUGGAAUCUCAAUGUAUCCCAGGCAAAAUCAUUAAAUUCUGAACAGAAGCGCAAGCACACAAGGUUGGCUGAUAUAUCACCAUCGGAAGAUCAUGUCGGUAAUCAGCUUGGACCUGAUGUCCUGAGGACAGUCCUGUCGAAAUUGGACUUGAUGGAAGGCAAGUUGACGGGUUUGAAGGACUUCGUAGAGGGACUCAGUAGGAUUGAGGAUCAACAUAGAGAUAUCCGGCAGUCAAUUCUAGAUCAAUCAGCAGCACAAUUCAAUGAUAGAAAAAGGCAGUUAUCUCUGAUUGAAGGGAAAAUGGGAAACCCCCAGGAAGCCCUGCUGGAAAUAGGAAACAAAAUUUCACAGGAACUCGUAAAGCCACUGAGAAGGCUGGGUAGACAACAAACAGAUAUGGAAACGAAGUUAGAAAACCUACAACGAGUUAUAGUAAAUAAAAUUACUGACCAACAUACGUCUUCACCACAAAUAAAAAGGGACAUUCCUCAGCAUCUUAAAGGGGAUCUGGAAAAGAUGGAAAAUAGUGUGGAAAUUAUGCAAAUGGCUCUCACCAGCAUGGCGCACUUUGUAAGGAUUGGAACCCGGUACUUCUAUAUCGAGACAAAAGUUAAGCAAAAUUGGUUGAAGGCUAGGAACUCCUGUCGUGAUUUGGGCGGCUAUUUAGCCUCCAUUAAAAGCAAAGAGGAACUCGAUGAACUCGAUACAAAACUAAUCAAACCAGAACAUUACUGGCUGGGCAUUAACGAUAGGGAUAAUGAGGGCGUAUACGUAUCAGAUGCCUCCCGUAAAAAAGCCACAUUUUUGCCUUGGCAACAGAAACAGCCUGACAACUUCAGAAAUAACGAGGAUUGCAUUAAUAUUUCGUCCAUCGCAUAUCUAAGGAGAUCAAUGAACGACCUCCCCUGCGAGGAGGAACAUUAUUUCAUUUGCCAAUUCGACAAUGAAAUUUAG